ACAUUUGAUGGCAUUUAUAAUACUUAUUGUUUGUCUAAUGAUAGGGGACUUCAAUACGUGUCUAAACACAGACAACAACGGAUCAAAUUGAUUGCCGAGCAUUUAGUUGAUCACAAAUAUGACAUUGUCUUCCUUCAAGAAAUUUGGGUUCAAUCGGACUUUGAUUACAUCCGAAAGGCCACAGAAUCUGAGUUCAAAUUUUCACAUUUCUUUAAAAACGGGAGUGUUUUAGGAAAUAGCGGUUUGGCAGUUUUGGUUAAAUGGGUUCCCAAAGCGUUUCAUUUUCACCCGUUUUCGGUGAACGGAUCGCCUUUUCGUCUAAAUCAUGGCGAUUGGUAUACCUCUAAAGGUGUUGGAUAUAUUCGCGUAGAAUUGGAUUCACUGAAUCUUCAUUUAUUCUGCACUCAUAUGCACGCACAGUAUCAUCUGGAGGAACGUCUGAACGACAUAACAAAAUUCAAUAAAGAGAGUAUAGAAGGCGGGGAUUGUAUACCAAAACACAAUCAGUUAGUCCGCGAUCACAGCGAUUCCGAAACCGAUGAUGAAUACCAUACGUGCGGACAUCGAGACAACAAGUUUACCGACGAUUGUUCGGGAAAACGGAUUGAUUUCCUUUUAUAUCGAUUCUCUGAUUAUGCGAUCAAUAGUAGCUAUAAUGAAGUGAUCGCCGAAACAAACGCCGUAUCGCUUGAAGACGACUUGUGUGGCGUUGAGUACAUGAAUGUCCACUGCAAGGACACUACAGGCCUAUCAUUCAGUGACCACCAGCCGGUCGUCGCGCAGUUUAAGAUCAAAUCUUCUGACAUGAAGAGUGGUUCGAGAAGUGCUGAGUCGGGAGCAGACAAUCCAAUGGCCAACAAUUUGUCGACUUUAAGUGACAAUUAUCUGAUCGGAGGUAACAAAGAAGCAAAUAUCUCGUCAAACGGUUGCGGUUCUACUCAUCACAGGAAAGUGCAUGAAAAGAGGUUUUCGGGAGAGACGGGUGAAGGCAUUGAUUGUAAUGAAUCGGUUGAUACCGAAUAUAACAAAACAGAUAAAAUGGGAUUAUUAUCGGGUAAACCAAAGCUUAAGUCUAAUGUUUUGCUAGAAUUGGCCGAAUCUGCGUCCAAGUUCUCGAAGAGUGGUCGUCCUCUUCAGCUCAAACACAUGGCUUCCAACGCUCUUAAAUCUAGACAACAGUCAAACUCUUCUAAACGCCAAUCACUGGAAAAUGUCAAAUGUCUUCUCGAAGACUAUGUCACCCAAAAUCAAUUGAGUUUCAAAUAUUUUGUAUUCACGUCUCUAUUCCUAUUUAUAAUCAUUUGUCUCUUGGCGUCAACUCUCUGGACAUUCCUUCAGAUUGCUGUCAUAGAAGUGGUCUUUUUGACAAUAUUGUUGUCAAUAACACCGAUGUUUGUAAACUUUAUCAAAUUCUUGAACACUCGUCAAGAGAUUAAUGCCAUCAAAGCUAUUAUCGACGAUAUGGACAAACAAAUCUAUUUGUAUCAAUGA